GGGCAGAAACUACAUUACCCAGAAUUCUGGGCAUAAAAAUGCCACCGCACUAAGCCAAUGAAGGCUCAGAAUAGGCGUUUCCGGUUGGCCACUUUUGUUGGGUGGGACUACAGUAGUCCUCCUGGCGGGCGUUUCGUCUUGUCAGUUUUGUCUCAGGCGAUCAGGAGGAUCUUGUCUCUUGUCCCACAGUCCAGUUGAAAAGGCCCAAGAGUGGUGGUCCCCACUACACAGCCACAGGUCUGAGUCUCGGCGACGUCGCCCAGGAGACCGGUGCCAGGCCCAGGACUGGGGCCGCCGUGUCCGGGGCCUCUUUCUAGCCUGCAGCUCCCGCUAUGCUCCACCCUCAGAGUUCGAUGGCGGCGGCCACGCUGAGGCGCCCGGCACGGGUCGGUGUGACCUUGGAGGAUGUGGCCAUCUACUUUUCCUUGGAUGAAUGGCACCUCCUUAAUGAAGCUCAGAGAUGCCUAUACCUGGAUGUGAUGCUGGAGAACUUUGAACUUAUCUCCUCGCUGGGAUGUUGCUGUGGAGCAGAGGAUAUGGAGGCAUCCAUUGAACAGAACGUUUCUGUAAGAGUGUCACAGGUAAAGAAUCCCAAGGUGUCUUUAUCUUCUCAGAAAUGCCACCCCUGUGGGAGUUGUGCACCAGUUUUGAGAGACAUUUUUCACUUGGUUGAGCAGCAGGGAAUACAACACAGCCAGAAACUGUUGAGGUGUGGGGCAUGUGCAAAAUAUUUUUAUUUCAGUGCAAAUUAUCACCAGCGCCAGGAGCAGCACCUGAGAAAGAUGUCUUUUGUAUGCAGAGUGGACAGAGUCCCUCUGGCAAAAAGCAGCAAUUUUCACAUAUCAAGGAAAACUUUUAUUGCCAAAGACGUUGGGAAGAACUCAGAAAAUCUCCAGCAAAAAGCUACUCAAAUUAGGAAUAGGCCAAGUAAAAUUUCUCUGUUUGGAGUAACUUUUCAAGGAAGAAAAAAUCAUCACACCUGGAGGGAAUGCAAGAAAGCCACUGUUCGCAAGCACAGUCUCUUACAGCACCAAGGUAUCCAUAAUGGAAGAAAGUGUUUUGUGUGCUCUGAAUGUGGAAAAUAUUUUACCACAGUAUAUGGCCUCCGUUGUCAUGAGCGAGUUCACACAGGAGAAAAACCUUAUGAGUGCAGUGAAUGUGGAAAGUUUUUUACCACAAGCAGUAGCCUUGGAAAACAUCGGAGAGUUCAUCCUGGAGAAAGGCCUUAUGAAUGCAGUGAAUGUGGGAAAUCUUUUACAAGCAGUCCAGGCCUCCAUUGUCAUCAGAGAGUUCACACAGAAGAAAAGCCUUAUGAGUGCAAUGAAUGUGGGAAGUCUUUUACCAGUAGCAGUAAACUCUGUUAUCAUGAGAGAGUUCACACUGGAGAAAGGCCUUAUGUGUGCCGUGAAUGUGGGAAAUCCUUUUUCUUUAGGUGUCGCCUCCGUUAUCAUGAGAGAUUUCACACUGGAGAAAGACCUUUUGUGUGCAUUGAAUGUGGAAAAUCAUUUACCAAUACGAGGAAACUUCGUUUUCAUGAGAGAGUUCACACUGGAGAAAGGCCUUAUGAGUGUCGUGAAUGUGGGAAAUCUUUUACCAGUAGCAGUGGCCUCUACUAUCAUCAGAGAGUUCACACAGGAGAAAGGCCAUAUGAGUGUAGUGAAUGUGGGAAAUCUUUUCAAAGGAACUCUGACCUUCGUCGUCAUCAGAGAGUUCACACUGGAGAAAGGCCUUAUGGGUGCAGUGAUUGUGGGAAAUCUUUUACCAGUAGUACUGGUCUUCGUUAUCAUCAGAGAGUUCAUAAGGGAGAAAGACCUUAUGAGUGUCGUGAAUGUGGGAAAUCUUUUACCAGUAGCAGUGGCCUCUACUAUCAUCAGAGAGUUCACACAGGUGAAAGACCUUAUGAGUGCAGUGAAUGUGGAAAAUCUUUUGUCCAUAUCGGUAACCUUCAUUAUCAUGAGAGAUUUCACACUGAGAAAAUGCCUUAUGAGUGCUGUGAAUAGAAAAAUCUUUUACCAGUAGCCAUGGCCUUCAUUGUCAUUAGAGAGUUCACAUAAUACCAAAGUUUUUCUGAGUGCAAAAAUGUGGAAAAUCUUUUACCCUUGUAGCCGUACUUUUGAUUAUCAGAGAGGUCACGCACGAGAAAGGCCUUAUGAGUGCAUUAAAUGUGGGAAACCUUUUACCCAGUAGCUGUGGCCUCUUUUACCAGAGAGUUCAUACUGGUGAAAGGCUUCAAGCAUGAAGUAAAUGUGGGAAGUUAUUUAGCCAUAAAAUUAUGUCUCUUGAGAUUGAAUAGUUCACACCCUGAAGUGCUUAGAUUUUAGGGAGUGUGUUAGUGUCUUGUUCAGUGCAAUGACACUAAAGGAAACUCUGAAUAGCCAUCCAUCUGAGUUGAACUUUAUACAAAUGUUCCCAGUGUGAACAUUUGUCAUGAGUUUCAUGUUUAAGUUUUAAAGAAUCUAACAAAUUAUGUUGUAAACUGACUAUAAUUUUUUGCUUUCUUACCAGUGGUGUGUGAUAGGUCCAUUUUUGCCAACCUACCAAACUGUUGAUUUAUUUAAAUUUUAUUAAUUUUAGCUUUUUAAAUAAGUAUAUUGUGUUUUCUUUUUGCUGUUUUAAUUGCAUUUUCAGAAGGAUUCAUGACAGACAUUUUUAGUCAUGAUAAAAUGACUAAAAAUGCUCAUUAUGAUGAAUAUUUAGUACUGAUGUUUUUAGUAAAAUGUGUGCUCACAUGAUUUGCCUAUUCUUUUAUAAAUUUGAGCUAUUCUCCUUUAAAAAAUUGAACAGUGGAACAACAGAUAUGUUACAAUGUCAUUCAUUUUAAUUGCUUGAGUAACAGACAUAACUCUUACUUUCCAGAAUAAUUGUUUUCAAUACUGGAAAAUUUAAAAAAUUUUUUGGUAUACAUAAUGCUGUAGGUACUUACCAUACACUUUGAAGAAUCUGCAUUAAUACACUGCAUGAUUUUUAUAAGUUCAAACGUUUAGUAAUAUAAUAAAGACUUGCUUUUUAGUAUUCACCCA